AUGGACCCUUCAGCUGCCACCGGGGCUCUGGAGCUUCCAGAGCUGGCCGUGUCCGAUUAUAUCCGCCAGGUUCUCCAACUGCCUGGCCUCGAAGCCCAAGCGUCCUUCGAAGCGAAUCUGCUUUCCAAAGCCGCGUCUUGGGACAUUCCGAUACCCGAGCCUAUGUGCCUUUUCCCACCCGACGAGCAGAAGCGCAACACAUCCAGUACCGAGUCCCAGGGCUCUACCGUCGCGACCUUCCAUGCGCGGACCUUGUCCUCCAUCUCUUGCGGCUCGGCGAGCACAGCUCCAACCUCGCGGUCUGUCAUCGAGGACUUGGACGACCUAGAAGCCCUGCACAAGCCCGCCUUCUCCGGCAAGCCACGGGCCCCGAGCUUCACCCACUACGACAGAUACCUUGCCCAGGUCGAGCCUAACUUGGACCAGCACCGACACCAACCCAAAUACAACGAGUCCGAAACCCACGGAUCGCCUAGCAGCUCGGCCCAAAGCCUGUUCAGUGUCAGUUCCAGAAGAAACUAUUUCGGCAUCAUGAAUGGGAUGCGCAAGAUCAGAUGGGGAAAGAGACAUAGUCUUGAUCUUCACCGCUCCAUUGCUUGCACAAGUUGUCGCCAAGAUUUCAGCAAGUUGAGCCGUCAACAUACACUGCCCUGCCGCCACUCGUAUUGCAGCCAAUGCCUCAAGCAACUGGUCCAGCAGACCAUCACGGACGAAUCCAAAUUCCCCCCACGAUGUUGUACCCAACCCAUACCGAGCUCGACCCUGAAGGCAAUUCUACCCCGGGAAGACUCCCGCGAGUUCCUCCAAGUCGUACAGCAGUUCAGUACACCCUGGGAGUACCCCAACGGGUCUGAAGAGCCGGAACGGCGAUGCGUGGAAGAAGACGAAGAAAAAGGAGCAGAAGCAGAAGCAGAAGCAGAAGCAGAAACCGGACAGGCCGCCGAGGAGGUCGAAGCCGCCGAAAUCGCGCAGGCACAGGAGCGGCUAUACGAACACAGCGAGUAUCUGCGACUGCGACGCGACUUGGAAGACCAGCGGCGGCGGUUCCGGACGUUCGUGGACCAGAAGAAAGCCGGAAUGAGGCAAAGGCACGCAGAAGGGAGGAGGAAGGUCACGGCCAAGUACGCCGAGCAAGCGGAGAAGAUGCGAGAACGACACGCCAAGACGGCGGCACAGCUCGAGGAGCGGCAGAUCGAAGCCGAGAUGGAAAUGCGGGCAACGCUAGAACAGGAGGAGAAGACCAUCCUGAUCCGGCUCAAGCACAUGGAGGCCUACUGCGACGGUCUGGGCCGCAGCCCGGAGUCGGGCCUCCCACCACGCGUCGUGACGGAGCGCGACCUCCGCGAGCUCGGGCAGCAGUACAACCUCCGGGACGGCAUGGCGCGGCUGCACGAAUCCAAGAUCAACGUGCUGAGGGAGAAGCAGGCAAGACGCAUGGGCGAUCUGCUCGCCAGGCAGGACGAGGGGCUGGAGAAGCUCGAGGCGGAUAGGGACCGGGAACUGGAUGACCUGGCGGGGGCCGCGGCGCUGGAGGAGGACGAGUUGGCCCGCGUGUUCCGCCAGCGCGAGCUCGAAGCCCAGCGGCUGUGGCAGGUGAUUUUCGACAUUUUGCGCAGGGAACUCGAGCAGAAGGAUGGUGUUCGCUAUGGUUCCCUUGACGCCCCGGCCGCGUGGCUGGAAAGCGAUGAAGCUGACGCAUCUUCAUUACCGUCGGCGGAAGUCUCGUCGGAUCCUUCGCGGCAACCUUCGACACAAUGGUUGUCUCUCCUUUGA